GCUCCACCCAUUUUAUGCUGAGCUAGCAAGUACUAGCUCACUUGGAAGAAGUAAAACAUUUACAUGUAGCUUUUAUGGCUGCAAUAAAAGAAAAAGAUCAGUCACAACAGGAUAGCUCAGGACCUUCAUCUGACAUGAGCAGUUUUAGGUCAAUAUUUGCUGGUGCUAAACACAUUGUAGUACUCAGUGGAGCAGGUAUCAGUGCUGAAAGUGGUGUGCCCACUUUUCGUGGAGCUGGAGGCUAUUGGAGAACAUUUCAGGCCCAGCAAUUAGCAACUCCAGAGGCCUUUGCUGAUAACCCAUCACUUGUUUGGGAGUUUUAUAGCUACAGAAGAGAAGUCAUGCAUUCAAAGCAGCCAAAUCCAGCCCACAAAGCUAUCGCUGAACUAGAAAAGAGAUUGCAACCGCAGGGAAGGAAAGUAACAGUCAUCACACAAAAUAUUGACCGCCUUCAUCACAGAGCUGGAUCAGAGGAUGUCAUAGAGCUCCAUGGCUCUCUCUUUCACACCAGAUGCACAAAAUGCGGUGACGUGAGAGAGAACAAGGAUAGCCCUAUAGUACCGGCAUUGAAAGAUAAAGGUACUCCCAAUCCAGACACUGAAGAUGCUCGUAUUCCAAUUAAUGAGCUUCCUCAGUGUGAAUUGUGUGGAUCUCUAUUGCGUCCUCAUGUAAUUUGGUUUGGAGAACCACUAGAUGAAGCUGUUCUUGACAGAACUUACAAAGAGAUGGAUAAAUGUGAUCUUUGCCUAUUGGUUGGUACAUCAUCAGUCGUGUAUCCUGCUGCAGGAUUUGCUCCUUUGCUUGCAACUCGUGGAGUUCCUGUCGCUGAAUUCAAUCUUGAGAAAACUCCAGUCACAGGAGCAUUAAAAUUUCACUUUAAAGGCAAGUGUGGUGAGACACUACCAACAGCUAUUGCUAAACACCAAAGUGAAGAUUCACAAUAAGUCGUUGUUAUUAGUGUUUCCACAUUGAAAGCUAACAAACAAAAGUUUUGUACAAACUAUUAUUAUUAUUAUUAUUAUUAUUAUUAUUAUUAUUAUUGCAUUAGAUCAAUCUAUCAGCUAUUAUUUGUGUUAGUUGAUAAAAUUUUGAUUGCUAUCAUCAAAAAGUACAUUAUCUUUUACUGUGA